GCUGCGGGCGGGGCGCUCGGGCCGGGCCGGACACCGGAGCCGCCGUGCCCAGCUGCGGUGGGAGAGGGCUGACAGCGCCCGGAGUGCCCGGGUCACCCCUGGCCCGGAUGGAGGAAAUCCUUGCGGGCGGCCCCCGGCGGAACAAUGCGCCGUGUGUGCCGCCGCAGCGGGCGCCUGCCACCCUGCCCACGGGAGGAAACGGCGCCGGGGUCACGGCCUGCAGGGGCACCCACACCCAUGGCCCACCCGCAGCUGGCACAUCUCCCCCAAAACCGCUCUGCCUCGCUCCUGGCACGGCCCCAGGGCACAGCGAAGGGACGGCGGGACUCGACCCCGAGCUCGGUGCAGCCCGAAGGAGCCAGAGCGGUGUCCCAUGGGGGCCACGACCACCGGCCGCAGUUACAGCAGAGAAGAGCUGUGACAACCACCCGAUGGCAGUGCCUGGGGGAGCCCUAGCUCAGGGACAAUUGCCCGGGCCAGGCUGGCGAGGGGUCUACCUGGGUGUAUGGCACCCAAGGGUGCGGGGUGACCCCAGGACACCCAGCGCCAUUUCUGUCCCUCGCUGUUCUGGGGCCAAGCUGGCACCGCUGCCCUGCAGAGCCCCGAGUGUCACUGCAGUGCCCAGCUGGGCUGUGCAGGGGCUGUUCAGCUCUUGCCAGCGGCCGUGCUGCCGUCCCCUGCCUGUGGCCCUGCUGUGCUGGCCGUCACCCCGGGAGCACGCCGCUGUCACCCCCUGAGGAGGCUGGGGAUGGCACUGCGGAAACGGGUGGCAGCACCCACAGGGCAGCUCUAGGGCGGGUGCAGGGCCACCGACCGUGGGAUCCCGUGGCACCACCCCAGCGGGCAUGGCAGGGUCCUCACCCCGCCCGGACCGGGAGCCGCUGCCCGGGAAUCCCCGGCCCCCACCGGUGGGGCUCCCGCGGCCACCCCCGGGGAUGCCCCGGCCCUCUCGCCACCGGCAUCCCGCCGCCGUUCCCCCGGGGCCGGAGCGGGGGAUUCCCUCGGCAGUACCGGAGCCCAGCCGGUGGCCACCGAGCGGCGGCGGGUCCCGGGGCGGGGGGUGCGGGGAGCCCGCGGAUCCCUCCCCGAGCCGAGGGCGGGGCGGAGCGGCGGGGCGGGAGCCCGGGCGGGCGGGGCGGCGCGCGGCGGCGGCGCGGGAGCGCUCACCGGAGACAAAGGCAGCGCCGGGAGGCGGCGGCGGCGCCGCGCACCGGGCGCGCACCGGGCCCCCUCCCCCGCCGCCCGAUGGAGCCGCCGCCCGCCGCCUGAGCCACGUGCGCCGCCGCCGCCGCUACCUGCGGCGGCGGGUGAAGCGGCAGCAGGAGGAGCGGCUGCGGGAGCAGAGCCUGCGCGCGCUGGAGAUGGAGCCGCUGCACUACGAGGGUUACGGGGGCAGCCCCCCCGGCAUCGCCAUUCCCCACCGCCUCCGCCUCGAGCCCCACCAUCACCAUCACCACCCCCACCACAUCCCGCCCCCCCGGCCCUGGAGCUGCCGGCACGGUAAGGAGCAGGGAGGGGCUCUCGCAUCCCCGGAGCACGGGCCUCCCCCGGUGUUGGGGGGGAUACGACGCGAGAGCCGGGGCGCAGCGCUGACGGCAGCAGGGGUCCGGGGGGGGCUUUGCCUUGCAGAGUCAGACCUGUCAAAGCCGCCGUGCUAUGAGGAGGCGCUGCUGAUGGCGGAGCCCCCCCCGCCAUACAGCGAGGUGCUGAUGGACACGCGGGGGCUCUACCGCAAAAUCAACGCCCCUUUCCUGAGCCAUGAGCGGCUGGAGAAGCAGGAGCAGCCUCCCAGCUACAAACCCCUUUUCCUGGACGCCGGCUACGGGUCAGCGCUGCACCUGCCCCGCUCGGCCAGCCCCGGCCCUGCCUGCCCGGACCUCUACCUGCAGCAGGAGUGCUCCCCACGCAUGUUUCCCAGCUGGACGGACUCGGAGCUCAGCAGCAGGGACACCUACGAGACGGGACCCUGGCACCUGCCGGUCUCCAUGCCCCUCUUCGGCAGGACUACCGCUGUCUAACGGCGGCCGCGGGGGACGCCCGGACCUUGCCGUGCGCCUGGGGGGCGGGGGGGGUCUCGGUUGCUCGUGUCACCCCAGGGACACCCGCCCCGGCGCGGGCCAUCGCCGCCGGCGCGGAAGGGGCUGGUUCCCCGUCUGGCCCCCGCCGGCCCCCCCAUGGCCGGGGGAGCUGGGGACCCGGACUCUGCUCUUGUUUCUUAAAUUUUUUGUUUGUUACAGUUUGAGAAUAAAAGUUUGUGGCUCGG